AUGGCCGACUUUGACAUAGAAAAGAAGCCGAAUGUGAAUCCGGCAUGCAAGAGUGAGAAUGCGUCAGGAGCUGAUGAUUCUGACGCACUCAGAUUAGCCGAGAUGGGAUACACACAGGAUUUGCAGCGCAAUUUCUCAAUACUCUCACUUGUUGGUAUUGCGUUUUGUAUGUCCAAUUCCUGGUUUGGUAUCUCUGCAUCCUUGAUCACUGGUAUCAGUUCUGGAGGCACGGUCCUUAUCGUUUACGGAUUGAUUUGGAUCGGUUUCAUUUCAACAUGUGUGGGUGCCUCGCUUUCCGAACUGGCCAGCUCCAUGCCCAAUGCCGGUGGUCAAUAUUUCUGGGCCAAUGAACUUGCGCCUAAGAAAUAUGCACGAUUUGCAUCCUAUUUCACCGGCUGGUUUGGAUAUGCUGGUGCCAUUUUCGCCUGUGCCAGUGUAGCUCUCAGUCUUGGGUCCGCUGGGGUAGGAAUGUGGCAACUUGGCCAUCCCGAAUUUGUUCCGCAGCCAUGGCAUACUGUGGUAGCUUAUCAGCUCAUCAACUUCUUUUGUUACCUCUUCAACUGCUGGGGUAAAACGUUGCCUGCAGUUGCAAAGGUCACCCUUUACAUCUCGCUACUCUCUUUCUUCGUGAUCCUGGUCACAGUCCCCGCUUGUGCUAAGACUCAUGCCAGCGCAGCAUAUGUGUUUGGUCAUUUCGUCAAUUCCACUGGAUGGGAGUCGGACGGUAUGGCUUUUAUUGUUGGGCUGAUCAACCCAAACUGGAUCUUUGCCUGUUUGGACUCUGCGACCCACCUUGCGGAGGAGGUACCACAGCCUGAGAAGAACAUCCCCAUCGCUAUUAUGGCCACCGUUGGCAUUGGCUUCGUCACGUCUUGGUUCUACUGUAUCUCCAUGUUCUUCAGUCUGAAUGACCUGAACAAGCUUCUGAACACAGCUACUGGGGUUCCCAUCUUGGAACUUUA